AUAUUCGAAGACCCGUCAGUAAUGCUGCCGAUAUGGACAUCGGAAUUCCUCCAGGCCGUCUCUCGUAUGGACCCAAAGUUUAUAGCACUACAUUUGCAAGAAGUUGGGGGGAAAGCUUACGAGAAAUCAAUGCAGUAUGUGGAGGACUUCGUGCAGAGAUUAUGCGAUUGCCCCGAAUUGAGAUUGUAUGACAAGAUCCGCAUAUUCCUGGAUGAAGAUUUCAGCUCACCGGAGAGGUUUACGGCAUUAGGUAACAUGUACUUCGCGCACUCUUCACUAACUGAUAUCAAGAUCUGGGACUUCGAGGUGAAGGGCUACGUGGACGUGGUCGGCAAAGAGGUGAACAGCGGUAAUAUUGAGAAGGUCACUACCAAAGAGAAGGCCAAAUUUCCACAGCAUUUCUUUCCUGAGUGUAAAUGGUCGAGGAAAGGUUUCCUGCGCACGCGCUGGUUGGUGCGCGGCACCGCGGUGGAGUUUGUCAACAUACAUCUGUUUCAUGACGCAUCUAAUCUUGUCGCUAUGGAACCAUUCCCUUCGGUGUACUGCCGCAGUCGUCGUCGUGCGUUACGUCACACGUUACGUCAUCUACACGCGGACCCAAACUCCGCACCGUACUUUAUAUUCGGGGAUUUCAAUUUUAGGACUGACACAGGCGGUGUUGUUAAGAAAAUGACAGAAGAGUUGACAGCGUGUCGCCUCCAGCACGGGAACGCGGACAGCAAGAUGCAGUACAGAGCGAGAGAGAACGACCGCCUCGUGCUCAGCGUGGCCAAGAAGGAGUUCUCGCAUGCUGACCAUCAGAAGAUAUUCAGGGAGCCUUGGCUUCAACGAUACGACAGAGAGCUAGAAGCGCUGCGGCCGCAUUUAUACGAGUACCCGGUGAAGUUCCCGCCGAGCUAUCCCUUUGAAGAGAAUGUCCAACUACCCACACAUUAUAUGAAGACCAGAUGUCCAGCGUGGUGCGACCGCGUGCUGCUGUCCCAGUCCGCUCGCCUGCUGGUGCAGCAGCCUGACAGGUCCGGAGACUCCAGACAUCAUACUUCCAGAAAGUCAGUAACAGAUUCGACCGACAGCAACAGCCGGCUGUCCUCCUCCGACAGCAGCCCGGCACGCUCGCACUCGCCCACACUAUAUCUUACUCUUACUAAUAUUAUAAAUGCGAAAUGCAGUGGCAAGGUGUUGGAGAAGAAGUGCAGCGUGUCGGAGCUGGAGGUGCCGGCGCUGCCCGCGCAGCUCGCACUCACCAGGAAGAGCAUCGCCGACCCCACCAGCCUGCAGCACGCACUCACCACACGUGGUUCCGAUUCUGACAGUUCUCCUAACCGUCGCCGGUUGGUUCGCAACCAGUCGGAAGGUUCGCCCAAGUCGGAGGGCGAGCUGCGCCGACUUGCUGACGUCACGGCUCGGCGCCGCACCGACUACGGCGUCAUCGGCGACACCGCCUGCAUGGGCGACCACAAGGUAACUUACUAUUUUUUUAUCAUAUACGCUAAAAAAACUAUAUAUUCAUACGAAAUACACCCAGACACAGAUGUACCGAAACGUACCAGAACCAGUUCUUUAACAGAUAAAAUUAUACCAUACGUUGAAAUCACUAGUGCGGACUCAAACGAUGGUAUAUUCGUUAACGAUAUCGAUACUUCACUGCUGAGCCCUACGCAGUGUCUAUAUCCUUAUACACCAGAAAGUGUAGACUCUCAUACACCGAAUGCUGAAAAUUCGGGUUCCGAUGAUUUGGCGAAUAUCGAUGUUUUAGAGAAAUCGACUACUAAACUUAGUAGAGAUCGUAGUGUUUCCCCUACGCAAUUGAAGAGUAGAUUGGAUAUGUUAUUAAAUGUACCGCCGUUAGAAAGAUUGGAUAGUAGGGAGUCUUGUAAAUCUGAUGCUAGUAAGAAAGGGGGCUUGUGUUGUUUGGCGUUGAAAUGUUACGGAUUCUGUAGGCGACGGGCGCGCAAAGUCGAUUGCAGUUGUGGCUUAAGUAAAUGUUGCACUUAAUAUCGAUAUGUUGAUGUCACAUCACUAUUUCGUUCCUCCACAGUUUAUUUUUUUUCUAAUGUCAAAUACAUUGACAGUAGUAUGAUAGAAUUGAUGACUUAUCUGAUAGAUAACAAUAUAUUAUGACUUUUUAAUUUUGGAGAAACGAUAAUGCAUUUUUUUAAGACUUAAUUGUAUGAAACGAACAAAUGGUAGAAAUUUACCAUAAAAUAUCUAAGUUCUCUUAAUUCAAAUGAAGUAGAAAGCAACUUAAGUGGAAUUAACAGAACUUGUUGACGAUAAGUUCCAAUAAGUUAGUAUUAAGCAUGAGUGUCGUAUUACUUAAAAGCAUGCAUUUAAACUAAUGGAAACUUAAUCUAUUUGUAAAUAUUUUUAAGCAGUCAUAUUUAAAUAUGACAAUAACUAGUCCGCAGUUAACUGCAAAUGAUGCAAUAUGGUCAUAGUGAAGGGAAAUAAAUCAUAGACAAUAAGUUUUAUGUAAGAAAUAAAUAAUGGUGCUUAAGAAAUAUUAUGCCAAAUAAUUUUUAUAUUAAUUCUAGUCUUAGUUCUGCUCAAAUGUUCCAAUAUUUUUUUGGGUAUUUUGACGUUACAAUAAAAAUGUUACUUAUUUACGAACAAAUAUGUAGUUGACAAUAGUGAAGUGUCUAAAAUGAAAAAAAAAUAGGGAUUGAUAACAAUUAUCGACGAAUGUCGAUAUCGACACAUAUAUCGAUGACUUUUAAUUGAUUUCUGGAAAUCUGGUGGAUUUUUUUAGUAUACACAAUAUUACAAAACGAUGAUAAUUUUCUUAUUAUUAAGAUUUUAUAAUGAUAUUAUUUAAUAUCCAUAUUUUGAACUCUAUAAUGAACAUCCCUACUAGAUUAUUAACGAAAUAAAAUCGAUAAAAAUGAUUUUACUUAAAACACACUUCACUGUAAAUUAAACCAAAAUAUUAAUGUUACAUUUGACAAAAUAAUUCAUAUACGCUAUUAUCAAAAUAAAUGUAAUUUUUAAGUCACAUAGUUUCUGAUAUAGACUUCAUUAAAAUAUGUACAAAUUUACACUCAAAUUAUUUAAAAACGCAAAUGAUUUAAGUUGAUUUUGUGAAAAAGUAUUCGUUACUUAGAUUAAAACUUAAGUAUGCAAGUUUAGUUUAAUUAGAUGUGCUUAGUUGUUUUGUUUUAAGACUGUUUAUCGUGCAGUUCCACUGUUGGAAAACUACAAAAUGUCGAAAAUAAAUAUAAAAUUACAAAAUAUUUUGCAUGCAUUUCUUUACCAUUCCAAAUUUACUUGAGACUUGUGAUGUUGAUAUUUGGUAGUCUUUCUACAGUGGAAACCUAGCUUUAGCGCAUUGUACCUUAUACAUGUGGAUUUUGGAUAUUCUGUUACUGAUUCAAAAAUACGGUCAGCAAAUAUGACACUAAAAUUGUACAAAAAAAAAAUAAUUACAAAAAAAAAAA